UUCUAUUUAGUGUGGAUUUUCAUGGAUUUCUUGUGUGUUGCUCUGGAUUUGAUUAUCGAAAAAAGGAGCGCCUUCAUGAUAUCGUUGUGCGAAAGGGCGGAAAAUUUUCGCGGGUGUUGAUGAAAAGCUGCACUCAUCUCGUCAGCAACACGAACUUUUCUCAGAAAGCAAAAAUGGCAAGAAAGUAUAAAAUUCCCGUUUAUAACGAGUCAUGGCUUCUCGCCUUUGGAGGGAGUGAGGAGCUCUAUAACUCGUAUUCUUUGCCUUUAUUUUCAGGAGCCAAAGUUUGCACGUCGGGACUCUCUCAGAUGCAACGGAAACGUUUAGAAGAAGUGAUCACGAACUAUUCUGGAGAAUUGGUCCCGUGCAGUAGCGAGUGCACACACCUGGUAACCACGGGGACCACUGGUUUGAAGUUUGCUUUUGCCCUCAAAAACAACAUCAGAGUUGUUCUGCCCCAGUGGAUCUUCGAUUCCGCUGCGGCCUCUAAUUUAUUGGAUGAAGCGGAUUAUGUCGUCCAACCAACUUGUGAAAAUCUUACCAACGAGGGCCUGCAAGAGUGUCGAUUUGAAUUUCCAUUGUUGCAUGAAAAACUGCUUUCUUCAAUACUUCGUGAUAAGUUGACGCACUUUUACGGCUGUUUUGUUUAUUUCAGCGGUUUUAAAGAAAAAGAGCUGCUCAUGCUCUUUCGUAAAACUUUGCGGGCCGGUGGAGGCGUAUGUCUCCCUCGCCUUAAUGACCACGUCACACACGUGGCGGUGGGCGGCCUCAACUUCAGUGACAUGCGCUAUCUUCUUUCUAUGAAGGAAAUUCCUAUUGUUAUUAACGCAAAUUGGAUCAUUGACAGUUCCGUUGAAAAAAGUUUGCUCUCCACAACGGCUUAUGCCUUAACAAUACAACAACGCAGCGAUGAACUUUUUUAUGUUUCGGAGAGAACAAGUGUUCAGCCCCAAGAGGAGAGGAUCACUCCUUCUUUGUUCCAAAGAGUUCUUCUUGGCACUAACGAAAACACAUGA